UCGUGCGCGUGUCGAUUUGUUUCUUGGGAGGUGUGUUGGGCGUCCCCUGGUUUAUCUUUGUCCCUGCUGGGGAAUGUGGAAAUGGCCGGUGACAACAGUCCUGGAGUCUUCUUAUGUUGGCGACGCUUCGAGCUCUUACUGCUAGCGACAGCAGCCACCGGACUAUGCAGCGGGGUCUCUGGAGUCAAGAAUCCCAGCUGCCACGAAGUCAGGACGGCGUUUCAGAUGCGGCAGAUCGGUCCCAUCAAGCUGGUUCCUGAUGUCCCCACAACUGAUUCCAGUUUACAGAUUUGCCAACACAAAUCACCAACAUGUUGCACUAAGAAAAUGGAAGAAAAUUAUCAAGCAGCUGUUAGAAGAGAGAGAAUAGAGAACACUCAGACUCUAAACUUUGAAUUGAAAUAUAUGAUUGUUGGUCACAUUACAGCUUUUCAAGCAGCCUUUGAAUCCCUGCUUCGUUUUGCUGAGAAUCACACCGCUUCUCUCUUUGAGACUGUCUACAGAUCCAUGUCAAAGGAGGCAGCUGAGCCUGUGAAAGAACUUUUUACAGACCUCUCUCUCUACCUCUUGGGUGCUCAAAACAGAGUGGAAAAAGCAUUUUUCCGGUUCUUCGACAGCCUCUUCCCUUUGGUUUAUACCCGCUUGAUAAACCCUGGCAUGAUGGACUUGUCAGAAGAAUACAUGGAAUGCCUGCGACAAACACGACAAGACAUCAAUCCAUUUGGACGCUAUUCCAAAGAAGCUGUUACGGAGCUAGCAAAGUCUCUGAGGGCAAGCAGAAUAUUCAGUCAGGCCCUGGGAAUGGGUGUUGAAGUGCUGAACGCCACUGAGCAUGCUGCUUUGACCAAAGAAUGUAUCCGAGGCCUUGUGAAAAUGCAAUAUUGUCCUCAUUGCCAAGGUCUGACCCUCAUCAGACCCUGUGAAGGAUAUUGUUUGAAUGUGAUGAGAGGUUGUUUUGCCAGCGUAUCUGAGCUGGACAUUCAUUGGAGGGAAUAUAUCUAUACUCUGGAAUACCUCACCAAUGAAAUGGCUGUAACUCAUGAUCUAGAACUGGCACUGCUGGGUAUUCGGUACUCGAUCAAUGAGGCUAUUUUACAGGCACAACUUAAUGGACCCCAGCUAUCAGCGACUGAUGCUUUGCACUUCAUCCAAGAAGCUUCUUCAGCUCUUACUGAAUGUUCUCUGCCUCUGAAAUCUUCAAAGAAUGACAAAUCCAGAAGUUUGAAAAAAAUGUCUCGGGAAUUUAUCAGUUAUAUGAAACGAUCCAGAACUUUUUAUGCGUCUUUGACAGAAAGACUUUGUGAUGGUGAUCUCGUGAUGAAAGACAGCUCAACUUGUUGGAAUGGCCAAGAUGUGGUAGAAAGUUAUACAAGCAGAGUGGUUACAAAUGGAUUGAAAGCCCAAAUAAAUAAUCCAGAGCUGAUAGUCAGAGGGUUGGAUCCAGAGAUAGGUCAUUUAAUUGACAAGUUGAAACAUUUUAAUCAGCUGGCAGCCCACACAACAAGUCUACAAUCCGAAAGUUGGAUUGACAGGGAAGGCAGCAGUGGGAAUGGAAUGAGCAAAGAGACAGAAUCCAGUGGAGACUGUGAUGAUGAAGAUGGAUGCCAAGGAUCAGGUGAUAAAAGCUACACAAAAGAUGUUUUUAGUGUGAAAUCAGGAGACAAAAAUGAAACCAUACUAAUAAUGGAAAAGAUGGAUACCACAACCACAACCACAACCACAAUAAAAACAUUUUCCAUUUAUAAAGGGGACAGAAAUCUGGGUAUUCAAGCAUCAAGUUCUUGGUUCUUUAAAAUUACUAGCCUUGCAGUUUUGUGGCAUUUUGUGUCAUAGCUGUAUUACAUUGCAGCAACUAUGCAAUUUCUGAGCACCAUCAUAUAAACCUUCAGCCUUAUCCAAGUGAAAGCAAACUUAAAUUGGUCUCUAAAUUCUAUGCUCUAAUAUUAUGUGAUAUGUUAGUUUAAUUGCUAAGUAUUAGUCUGGGACUGGCUACCAGCAAGCAUCAAUUUGUACACAUUGUCUCCACUGUCUGGAGGUGGUUUUUUUUUUUUUUUGGUUUGUUUGUUUGUUUUCAUAGCAUCUCAACUACUCAAAAUGGAAAAAGGAUGAAGACAGAAGAUUUAAGUAGGUUAAGUUAUUGUGAUAGGUACAGCUAAGAAUGUCAUAAAGUUAGACAUUAAUAUGUUGGCAUUUUUUCUUUUACUUGUCAAAUAUUGGACUGUUGAUUUCUUGAUCUUUUAUGUUCCUUUAAAUAAUUGGAUUUCAUUUAUAUGUCAAUAAUUUAUAUCUAUAGGGAUCUAUGGAUAUUAUAAACAAAAUUGCUAGUUCGAUCAAAUUUUGGUCAAGAAAUCAUAGCAUGCUUGCAUUUCUUUAUUUCUUUUAAUUAGAUUGUAGAAAGCAUAUGGUAUCUUUAAUGCAUCAUUAUACAGUAGUUCUUUUAACAAUUCUGCAAUAAAUAGAACUACUUCCCAAUUUAUUUUAAAACACUACAGAAUAGUUUCCCUGCUCAUGUUUUUCUUUACUAUGUUAUCUACAAUUUUGUCAUGUUGCAAAUACCUGGUGAAUUAAAAAGAGAUAAGUCUUUUAGAUGGUCAUGUGAAAAUUUGUUAUUGACUUGAUGUUGUAGAGCUAGAAUGAGGAACCUGUGCUAUAAUCUUCUAUACUGUAAUACUAGCCAGCAUGGUUAGCAAUAAAGGAUGCGGACAACUGCUGUUCAGAAACAUCUGUAUGGGCACAGAUUCUUCAUCUGAUCUAUUGCCUAUGUUGUAUUAAAAGAAAAGCUCUGAUGCAGGUGUUUUACGAGGUUUUACGAGGAUGGACAAUCAGUGGUAGCAUGCAGCUGUCAAAACUUGAUGCAGUUAUUUGACUUCCUUCCUCAGUCAAUAACAAAAUUUGGUGGUGUAAUUUGUCACCAAAAUUUGGUGGAACCAUUUGAUUGUCUUUUGGAAUAUUUAGCAUAAACUUAUCCAUUUAAAAAUUAUCCACUGCAAGUCAUUAAAGUUAAAGUUAAAAAUAUAUUUAUUUCUAUCUCAACUGCAUUUUAUAACUGUCCAUUGCUUUACCAUCCAAGCGCAAUAUGUCCUCAACUUGAAAGGGAUUGCUCAAUUCCAUGUUAGAGCAUAUGAAGUAAAUAGAAUAACUUGCUGCAAGACAUCAAUUCAGAUCUUUAGAAAUAAGUACUUGUACACUUCCUGCCAUUGGAUGCCUGGAUGAGAAAGAAAAGAUGAUCAAAAAGAGGAAAGAUAUGAGAGGGGGGAGAGAGAGAAAUAGAUAUGCCAUAAAAGGGAAUCCUUACUUGUUUGAGGGUUCUGGCUCCACCCAAUCAAUUACCCUUUGACACCACAUUAGAAGACAAACAAAAGAAAAGACAUGGAAUUAAUCUGUUCCUAAAUACCCUUCAUAAAUAGAUGAGUGGGUUUAUUAGGAUUUAUAUGCCAGCAAACUCACUGUUUUAUGGAUGUUUGCAGGAAUUUUCUCUUAUACAUUUUUGUAUAUACUAUAUGGAAUGUGAUCCAGAACAUGAAUAUACAUUUUCUUUGCUGCUGCUGCUACAAUCAUUUUCAUCAAACUACCAGGAAAAAUUUGCCUUUUAUCCUAAAAAAUAUUUUUUAAAAAUCUGAACUGCAUCUUCUGAUUAUGAUGAUAUGCUAUGAGAUAAAAAUAUGAAAGAAAUGUCAACUUAUAAUGAUACCUUCUGCUAUUUAAUAUUUACUCUCUAAUACUUAUUUUGAAGAAUAUUUUCCAUGUUUUUUGUAAAUGGGUCUUUUUACACUUUCAAGAAAAUUAAUGUGUUUCAUAGUAUGGUAAGAAAUUACUAUUUCUGCUAUUAAUUAGAUGGAAGAAGACUAAUAUGAAUAGUUUAACUUCAAUCCUUAAAAUACCAUUGAAAAUCUACACACUACACCUCAGCAGAAUUAAUCAUUACAAAGAAUUCCAAUUUAUAUUUACUGAAAAUGCCAGUAAUUCAUAUCACUAAAAAGCUGUUUUCAUGGUAAAAUAAUUUCUGUGUACAGUUUUAAAUAGUAUAAUGUAAAAAAUGUUUUUAUUUACAUGUAUGAUAUGCAUGUGUACAAAAAUUACCUUGACCAUUUGGUCUACAUAAAAUGUAUACUCAGUCUAGUAUACUAAUCCUAGGUACUAUCUGAUACAUUUAGGACAAAAGCAUAAAGUACAACAGGAUGGGCAACCCUUAUUGCUGUUGGAGUUCUGACGGGCACCUCUUUUUUUGUAUAAUGUUUUAUUCUACUUGCUUUUAGGGGUUUCCUUAUAUACCUUAUAUAGCAGGAUAGAGCACUGCUUUAAUAAUUGAUGGGCUAUUUUCAGAAAUUAAGUUACAAUCCAACUAAAUCAAAUACUUUGUCCCAUUGAAUAUAGAAAACCAUUUCAUAAUAUAAAAUCUCUUCCAUUCAAACGAAAUUUAAGAAUGCUCAUCUGCUGAUGAAAUUCUCACAGAGAUGAAUCACAGAUAUGAGACAAUACAUGCCAGAAUCUUAAAAGUCAGAAGAAGAUAGCUUUUAAAAAAUAAUUCCAUAGUCAUCAAGCCAUUCUGUCUGAAAAAAGUAAUUUUACCUUAAUGCAUGGAGUAAUAAUAUCUUGAUGAGAGACAAUGAAUGGAAAUUGAUGAGAGUAAGAUGCUCUCUUAUAAUUAAGCUCUACAGCCUUACAAUACCCAAGAAAAUCAAUCUCACUCAACAAAUAUCAAGAGUCCUAUUAGGCAUAUAUCAGAUUCUAGACAGAAAAUUUCUUUUGUAGUAUUAAACAAAUGCAUAGAAUAUUAAAUUCUCUUUCUGGAAAAUAUCCAAAAUAUUUCAAAUCCAUAUUGAAAAAUCACUCAUAAUCAUUUGAGAAUAUUUUAAGCUUUAGGCCUAAUUUAGUGAGUAUAUUUUAAAAAACCAUGAAAAUUCAUAUGUUGGAGGAUUGCAUCAACUUUUAUGCUGUACUCCUCUGACUACAUAUCUGCAGUAGGUGUUUCCUGCUUUCUUCUAAAACGCAAAUUCACAGGAACUAAAUGAAAAGUACAUGACAUAAUAUCUGAUCAACAUUAACUGGCAAUUUUAUGAAGUAUACCAAAAUACCAUUGAAAAGCAACUAUUAUUUUACACAGGCAAUGCAUUAAAUUUAUAUGACAAUGUUAAUGUAGUUUGCAUUUUAUCAUUACCUUUCACGCUCUUAUUAAAUCAGUAAGAUGCAGUUAUACUA